AUGGCUUCCGAUGUUACAUCAUGACUUUUACACCAUGUGUAGGCAGGGUGUAUUUAACCAUUGACUCAUGGGACUUGCAGUUAGUGCAUGCAGUGAAUGGCCAGCAUGUCACUCUGAUUUAGCUUUGAUCAUUUCUGUAUUAACAGGAUGAUACGUUUCAGAAUAUCCGUGAUUAACCUGGUUAGGUUCUAUCUAAUAUUUUCUGAGGAUUACAGUGGAUGCUGCAUGGACACUGUUUGGCCGCCAAGCCCGAGCAUCAUUCAUCUGCAGGCUAUCAGUGACAAGCAAAGCCUUGUGGUGAGCUGGCUGGUUAACCACAGCAGGGGCGACAUUUAUGAGGUCCAGGUCAGCCGCACUGAAAACUACAACGUCAUUUACAAUAGAAAUCUGAGUUUAAUCUCCGUGGAUUCAGAUGAAUACACAUGGACAUGGACCUCUGAUCUGCCUCUGGAGUGCGUCGAUCACUCAGUCAGAAUACGACAUUUCUAUAAUCAGUCUGUCCCGAGUCCCUGGAGCGACUGGAUAACCAACCAUGGAGCCCAGAUGAAGGUUGAGACCAAGAUCUUCCCCUUCCAGCGGAUGAUGAGAGAGCACACCAGUGCCAUGUUCUGCUGUGUUCACCCAAGAGGAGUCAAUAUUACUAGCAUGAUCUUAAACCGCAACAAAUACCCUCUUAUCAGCAUUGGAGCUGGAGUCAAGGCUAUCGCUGUAGGUAACCUGACCAUCCCAACAGGGUUGAUUAAACGUCUUUCACUCUCUUGCAAUGAUGCAACAGACGUGAUCGGUUAUGCCUGGAACUACAUCAGUUUUCCUCCCCAGAAGCCCAGAAACCUCAGCUGUGCGACCUCAGACAUGACAACUGUCAUUUGCACCUGGGAAUCAGGCAGAAAACGAGACCCGUACGAUCACAACAAGCAAACGCACACUAUCCACAUAGAGAACUCCGACCAGGCUCCCAUCAACUGCGAGCAGUCAUCUUGUACUUUCCCGGCCGUCCCGCAGUUGGAUGAAUACAACAUCAGUUUGGUGGUGAAGGACCAGCUGGGAGAGGAGACAGAGAGCUAUAGCUUCAACAUCUCUGACAGAGUGUUUCCUGUUGUGGAGGUGAACAGAGUGAGCCCUGGGUCGACACACACCACUGUUUCCUGGAUCGUCCCGGGGAACUUGACCCAACUGAACCUCCUCUGUCAGGUCACUACAGACUCAGACAGCACCACUGAGCUGAGUUGCAAUAAUGCGAGUGGUCUCUGCCAAGUCAAACUGGAACAUCUGCUUCCCAACACGCGCUACUCUACCAGGGUACGCUGCUCUGCCAAUGGCAGGCUGUGGGGAGAUUGGACACAGCCCAUAUCCUUCAUAACCUAUCCGUUGGUGACCUUGGAUGUAUGGAGGAGAAUAAAGCAGCUGUCCGACACGAUGACUCGUCAAGUUACUCUAUUGUGGACUCCACAUGUUCCUGGGUCAGCAGUCACAGUGAACAUCCAAGGCUACAUAGUUCAGUGGUCGCAGGAGGGCCAAAACUGGACCGAGUGGAAGGACAGUGGACAAACCCAGGCAGAGGUCUCCAUCAAUCCGGGACAGUAUGACUUCAGUGUCCAGGCUGUAGUCCACACCGGCUCCACCAUUCCUGCUCACAUCACCAUCCCACAGGGGGACGAUGGAGAAAUCCUCCCAGUAAAGAAGCGGUUGAGCAGCACCACAGCUGCUGGUUUUAAUCUGUCCUGGGUGGAGCAGGACUCUGCCACCUGUGGCUAUACAGUGGAAUGGUGCAUCAUGGGAAACACAGUGCUUUGCACUCUGCAAUGGCUGAAGGUGCCAGAGGGAAACAACACAUUGUUCCUACCUGCUAAAAAUUUCAAAGCAGGUUGUAGGUAUACAUUUAAAAUCUACGGAUGCACAGAAAAUGGACACCGACUACUUGAGGUACAGACUGGAUACUCACAAGAGCUCAAAUCUGUACAGUCCCCGAGUCUGGUUGAACCUUUUCAGAUUACUAGCUCAUCUGUGACGCUGGAGUGGAGUUACGAUGAGGACGAUCCGGCUCAUUCGGCAUUUAUCACUGGUUACCUGGUUACAGCACAGGCAGUAGGAUCUGGUACGCUGCUAGGUCAUGCUGCAAAUCUGUUUAACGUGUCGGUGGCAGACCCUCGGAGGAAGUCUGUGACCAUAGAGGGUCUGCAGCAGAACCAAGAGUAUGCUUUCUCUGUGAGCGCUCUCACUGAGGAGGGGCCUGGACAACCAACCAACAUCACUAUCAGGACCAGAACCAACUACUCUGCACACCUGGCCAAGAUACUGACUCCCAUCUUGUUACUGCUGGGCUGCAUCAUUCUCCUGUGGCCUCAAAGAAAAAUACUGAAGAGUGUGCUGAAGGAGAUCUUUACUUAUCCUGCUGGUAUGAACAUCAAUACACCUGAGUUUGACAGCUUCCUGCAUGAGACGAGUGAGCGGCUGCAGUCUCAGAAGGUGGAGGAGUGCAGCUUCUGUGACAUUGAGAUCCUGAAUACCAGACCUCUUCAGGAUGAAACAACGGCACUGAGAGAUGCUGAACCCAUGAACACGCUGCCCUCUCCUGGUUCCCAGCUCUCUCCUUCAGCCUCGUCACUCUCCUGUGUGCCACUCCAAACAGAAUACUGUCCACAGUCAGUCACAGUGUCCUGCGACAGAACAAUCCUUCAACAAACAUGCAUCUCAAACAAGACUUAUAUGCACAACAUUGAGUAGGAUUUGUCUGAGGCACAACAAGUCAUGUUAACUGACAUCAAAUCGAAUCUUCUGAAAGUCUUUGGGAAUCAGGUAGUGUUAUAUAUGGUUAUGUCUUCAGUGAGACUUUAUAAAGUCAAAGACCAGGCCCAAAACAUCUAUGUCCUAUGUUUUCAAUAGUUAAACUUCUGUAAAUAGAUGCUUUGUUUAUUAGACAUAAUGUGAAUCUGCAGCUUUCUAAUGUAAAUACGUGAAGCUUUUGUAUUUAUGCCACACUUUAACAUACUAUAUGCACAUGUGAUUGGAAAAUGCAGCUUAUCAUAAAAUACUGUAUGUAGUGCAGAAAACACACAAUCUGGAGAGUACUUUAGACUUACUACAAAACUUAACUUAAACUACUUAUAGCUUCAGCAGCAAUACAGUCCAAAGUGAAAGUGUAUACAAUAUCACAAGAGAAAUUGAAGUGUGAAGCAACUACAGAUGUUAUCUUGAUGCAACUGAUAGCACGGAUAAGACAGCUGAACAUCUAAAAACAUUUGCAUAUUUUUUUUAACUUUUUGUUUUAUAUUACUUGCAUGGCAUUAUCAAAAUGUAUAAUUGAUUAUCAAACACUGUAUUGAAUGAUCCGGUAGGAGGUAGUAUACCAUAUUGAUGUAAUAGCUAAAAGAAGCUAGAAAGAAGAAAGAAAAAUAAGAGGAAAGGGUUAUUGGCCAGUAUUUGUUUUUGCAGCUGCCCAUCAGUGACAAGUGGGUAAGAAGUCUGUUUUUACUGUGACGAGAGUCUGACUCAAAUAUCAAAACUUACUGGACUCUUACACGUAAACUUUCUCUACUUAAAACAGGCCACUCAGUAAUUUCUGAAACCUCCUAUUGAUAUUUUGCUCUACAGUUAUGACUCACAUUUCCACCAAAUAUGCAGUUCAUAGCCAGACAUGUUAUAACUGCUAAUGUAAUUUAACAUAGUGAACUGAUCUGAUGUCCUAUUGCCUUGUGAUCAGGUUUUUAGAAGACACAUUAUUGUUUUUGUCAUUUCAAAGGCAUCCGAGGAACUAAGUGUGUAAUUGCGCUGCAGCUUCAUCAAGAAACACUGAAUGGUUUUGUAGCAGGUUACCUACAGUAAAUCCCUGUGUGUUACCGUAUCCUUUAUCCACGAAUUACACAGCUGUGUAUGAGUAUGAUCUUGGUUUUGUUCUAGGUACAAAUCUAGGUUAGAAUAUAGAUUUGUGGGCACCUGGGUGGCUCACCUUGUGGAGCACGCGCCCAUAUAUAGAGGUGUACUCUUCGACCCAGUGGCCACGGGUUCGACUCUAACCUGCGGCCCUUUGCUGCAUGUCAUUCCCCCCUCUCUCUACCCCUUCAUGUCUUCAGCUGUCCUAUACAAAUAAAGGCCUAAAAUGCCCCAAAAAUUAUCUUUAAAAAAAAGAAAUAAUAUAGAUUUGCACUGAUCUUGUUGAUUUUGACAAUUUUUAUCUCCAUCUGUUGAACAGGUGACUUUACAACAAAUGGUUAUUAUUGAAGUAAGUUUGUACUGGUGUUCUAUUCUAUUGUUUACUGACUAACAUGUUUACAGUACAUAUAAGCAAUGUUUUAUUAAAUAGCACAAAUCUCCCAUGUUUCUUCUCAGUAAUUGUCAUUUUAUAAACUCCAGGUUUAGAACGUCGUCUUUGACUGAUCAUUCAAAUUAUAUAUUUUGUACAAUCCCGGAGCUGAUCAAUAUUUUGAAAGUUGUGUCUAAUAUUUAAGUAUGAAAAGUAAAUAUUAAGUAUAAGCACAUAGUGAGUGAUUAAAAUGUCUACACCAUACAGUAAACAUUCACUCAAGGCAGCUACCAUAUUUUCAAUGUAAUCCAAACUCCACACACCUGCCUUGAUGUUUUGAAAACUGUGGAUGCACUUUAUUUCAUCAAAGUGGAAGAUAUGACUGGAUCGCACGGUUCAAAUGAUUAGUAUCUCGUUUAUCAGUUAAAGUAUCCCUACUCUGAUGAAUUUAGCACAAUUUCCAUCCAACACUCCCAGUUCCUACCACAGGGAAUACAUUUUUUUUAACACUUCAUCUGAGUGUUAGAUAAGACUCAUAUACAUCACAAUACUGCAUUAAGUGGAACUUGCAUCUUUAUAAAUACUAUGAGUAGUUGUACAUUUUUAUUCCUAACUUGUAUAUACAUUUGUACAUUCUUUCCUUUGUAUUUUUUUAAAUCUUAAUUUUUUGAAUAUUUGUUCUUGUAUUCUAUCCUAUUAUUUCCAUGUACAGUAUAUUCUGUAUGUGUGCCUGAUAUUUUGCUACUGUAGCACUGAAAUUUCCCAAGUGGGGAUCAAUAAAAGUCUAUCAUCAGUUCCA